GUGUCUGAUGUGGAGCCAUGCCAUCCGGAUAGGGAUAGCCUCGCCCAUAGCAGCUGCCUGAAAGUUCUCUCUGUUUCCUUUGUCUUCUCCAGUUGCCCGGCUUCGUCUCCGGUAACGCACUCAGUCGAUGGCCUCACCCACAGCCGCAGCAGCACCGGCAGAGUUCACGCAGAUGGAAGCCGCGCGCCAGUCCCUCAUCGCGAUCUCCCAGUCGGUCCCGGAGGUCGGGGCGCCCGUCGUCAGCCCGCCCAGCGGCGGCCGAGGCAUGGAUGAGAAUGGGCACGAGGACGUCGCGGAGCGGAGGUACAGGGCGAAGCUUAUCUCCAUCUCCAACCAGUCGCCCGACGCGCGGCCUACGACGUGCCCUCGCAACAACGGCGCCGCCUAAAGAGCCGCGUUUGUGUAUUGUAACGUCGCCGCAUGUACGUGUACGUGUACUGGACACCUAGGUGUGUCCGUGUGUGUUCUGCAGUUCUGCUAAUAAUACUCGUAGCCCAAGAACAAGAACCAGGAUAUGGGCCUUAAUAAUCACCUUGAACUGCCAAAGGGAACGCCUGUGUGGCUGUGUGCAAGCGUGCUAAAGGCCACUUAGAAAAGUCUCAUUAGCAUCUGAGUUGAGUUCCAGUUCCACUCUUAUGUUUUCAACAGUAGACAAUGUUCCUGUU